AAAUUAUAAAGCAGCAUUAAAUUGUUAUUAAACGUUAUUGUCGCAAUUAAAUAAAAAAUGGCGCGAAACGCAGAAAAGGCUAUGACUACGCUUGCUCGAUGGCGAGCGGCGCAAAGCAACGAAGGUGCCAGAAAAGAACAAGAAAGGAGACCGUACCUAGCUUCCGAAUGUAGAGACCUGCGAAAGGCAGAGAAAUGGAGAAUGCAAAUAAUUAGAGAAAUUGCAAAGAAAGUGGCGCAGAUACAGAACGCAGGCCUUGGAGAGUUUCGUAUUCGGGACUUGAACGAUGAAAUAAAUAAAUUACUGAGAGAGAAACGACAUUGGGAGGCUCAAAUAAAAGAACUGGGUGGUCCCGAUUAUUCUAGAGUGGGGCCACGUAUGCUAGAUCACGAAGGUCGUGAGGUACCUGGAAAUCGUGGCUACAAAUAUUUUGGAGCAGCGAAAGAAUUGCCAGGAGUUAGAGAGCUGUUCGAGCAAGAACCACCUCCUCCUCCUCGUAAAACACGCGCAGAAUUAAUGAAAGACAUUGAUGCGGAUUACUACGGUUACAGAGACGACGACGACGGGAUUCUGUUACCGUUGGAACAGAAAGCGGAACAAGAAGCAAGAGAUAGAUCAGUAAAAGAAUGGCUGGCAGAGCACGAGAAGAAGGAGCUCGAAGAGAUCGAAGAAGAAGUUGAAACAACGGCGCAAAAAGCGAUACCGUCGCAACAAGAUAUUCAGGAAGCAUUGCUUGCAAGAAAAAAGCAAGAACUGUUAGAGAAGUAUGUACUUUGACAGGUUUUAUUUUGUAUUCUUACGCAUUAAAUAACAACUAUUUGUAAGUUUAUUCGUUUAAUUGUAUUAGAGUACAUUUUUAUAAAACGCGACAGAUAUAAUAAUAAUUAUUAUUAAUAUGUAAGUAAUAACAUUGAUUACGUUAAUUAUUUUGUGCAGUAGACGUUCAAACUUCAAUUUAAUACUUAUCGAGAAAGAGUGCUGUAGAUAAAAUAUAUAGAUCAAAAUUUAACGGUAGUCUGUUUAUAAAUCUCGCGAUCCUUAUUAUUUGUUUUGUACGUUGCACUCGAUUGUUGCAAUCUAAGCACCCAAUACUCGAGAAAGGGGACACAAUAGAAUAAAACACCAAGAAAGACGACAAAUUACGGUUAGUGUUGUAAAAAUUGUUCUUCGCAGCAUACAUUCAUACUUUGCCGAAGGAGUAUUUAAAAAAUAAUAAUUUAAUCGUUUGUCUUCCUUCUUGCUAUCGCGUUGGAGCAAAAUCAACUGGCUACACGAGACAACCAAAGAAUUGUAUCUAUCCCAAUACUUGGCUACCUCCUUCCGCACUACUCGUCGAGCAAAUUUUCAUUUUCGAAUAACGAAUAAAAGUAUUCGGUUCGUUCGUAAACCAGCUUCAACCCGAGGCUUUGAUUAAACAAAUUUGUUAACAAACUCUAGUUUACGAGAGUAAUACAUAGGUAAACUAAUUUACGAACGAGUCUAAAAUUUGUAUUCGUUGUCUGGAAGCAGAAUUUGCCCGAGUGUCUUCCAUACUAAGCCAGUCAUUUUGUUCUUUGAAGAUAUUCUGAUGGGAUUACCACUAUUAUUGUAAGAAACUGGGAACAGUCAAAGGCAUAGGAAUUACCCUGAAAAAGCCCUAUACGUUAAUUAAGUAGACGUAUCCGGUCCGAAAAUACUUUGAAAAUUGUUUCGUUUCCGUUCGUAACCGCUCGCCAACGAGACGAGAACUAUGCGCACGUACAUACGUGUACAUACGUGUACAUACAUACAGUCCGUUCGCGUGUAAUAAAUAUCUUCCUUUGAUCGUCGAUUCAACAUCGUGUUGUUUAUAAACAGACUGUACAAUAUACAAUUACGUUAUCAGGACUCAGAAUUGAAAAUUAUCCUAAUUAAACGCUAGCUAAACUCGCGGCUACGCUUACGAUUUAUCAAAGUAGAGUGAAAUUACUCGAUCGCGCGUAUCUCGUCCAUACGUCUGCCGUAUUCGCGUGUUUCCAAGCGGGAAAUGUCUUCAGCGACGAUAUGCUACAGUCGAAAGCGCUAAAGGCGUCUCUUUAAAAGAACAGGCUGCACGUGAUCGCGAGAAAAAUUCCACGCAUACCAAAAGGAACAUCUUCCGAGUCCCUGGAAAAAAUCACGUUGCACCGUGACACGGUUUAACGCGAGAGAAUAGUUCGAGCAUGGAUUAAUCAUCGUUAAUUACCUAAAAUGCUAAAGCUUGAAAAAGUCAAGCGUUGAACGAUUCACAGCAUCUGUUUUGUUCGCUAAUC